AUGACACCAAAAAUUGUGGUUAAAGAUAUCUUCGAUUAUGGUGGGAAGACAUUGAUUUCAUUGGUCUCCGACAAUGAUACGGUAAUUGUUGCCAAUAAGAAAGGUAUGGUCAAAGUUUUGAAAGCAGACAAGCCGGAACAGGAGCCAGAAGUCAUCGAGAUUGCGCAAGGUUUAACUUCGGUACAUGGCGACACUAAUGGCACUCUUAUACUUACAAAUAUCGAAGGUAAUGCUUUUAGGUACACUAUACAAACAGGUAAAGAGCAGUUACUUACUAGAUCUUCUUUGCCGUUGCAUGAUUCUGCUAUUGUUCACUCAGGAAGAAUAACGGUAAUUGGUGGUGAUGACUUAGAGUUGUCCUUAAUAAAUUUAGAGAAUGCAGGGGACAGUUUCCAGAAGGAAACUUUUAAAGUCGACGAACAAGUGUCGCAGUUGUCAUGCAACUCUAAGACAAACAUAUUAGCAGUUUCCUUCGUUAAUGGAAAAGUGCAAUUUUUCUCAUUAAACACUGCAAUCCCAAAUAAAGUACAUGAGUUAUCGGAUUAUAUUCCAGCGGUUACAUAUGAUCUUACCUUUAAAGAUCCCUUAUUAGAAAAUAUAUUAGGCAAUGACAAAGAUGAAGAUACUGACGGAUCAGAUGAUGAGGAUGAGAAAAUAUCAGAUUCUGAAUUCUGUGAUGACAAUAGAAUUUGUACUAGAACAGCAUGGAGUCCAAGCGGUCUACUUUUUGCAUUGCCUUGUAAGGAUAAGACAAUUAAGAUGUUUAGCAUCAAGAAUUACGAGUUAGUGAAAACGCUUACCACACCUGAUAAUGUGUCAGUAUACUUUAUAGAUUUACAAUUCGAUUGUCAAUACGGUAACUACAUCGCAGCCGCAGACCUUAACAAUAAAAUUUUUGUUUGGAAAUGUGACACAGGUGAACUAAUAUACAGUAAUGCAUUUAAGAAACAACUAACUAAUAUUUCAUGGAGACUGCAAGAAGAUGGUACAAAGCUGCAAUUGAUCGCAGGCACUUGGUCAGGUUCGAUUAUCACAAUCAAAGAUCUCGCCAAAACCAGUGAAGAAGCUCAAACGGAGGGUGCAAAGAACUCAAAUUUGUUUGUUAAUUCUGAUAUUUCUGAGUCUGAAAAUGAAACUGAAGAAAAUCAAAAAGAUGGUGCUAAUAUCGACGAUUUAGAUGAUAAGGAAAAUUUAUUUACUCAAGAAGUAGACGAAGAAGAAAACACUAAACGUAAAGUCCCAUAUGAUGAUGAAGAAGACUUCAUUGAGGAUGACGACGGUGCCGGGUAUGUCAUUCCAAAUAAAAGACAUCAUUUUUCAUCUACUCAUGGCGGAAAUGCUACUCCAGUCGCAUAUUCUUCUGGUAGGCCAAAACCAUUUCAAUACACUACUAUAUCACCUGGUUCCACUCCAUUUGGCUCUUUAGAUAGAAGAUAUUUGACUAUGAAUACAGUCGGAUACGUAGUGACGGUUCGUAAUAAUGAACAAAAUAGUAUUACAAUCUCAUUUUUUGACUUGAGUAGAUUCACUGAAACUCAUUUUGAGGAUUUAUUCGGUUAUGAUAUUUGUUCGUUAAAUGAAAAUGCCACUCUAUUUGCGCAAUCUAAAUCAGGUCAAAUUCAUUACCGUCCACAUAGUGCCAUGCAUUCCAACUGGACUAAAGUAUUGCCAUUGCAGAGGGAUGAAAAAAUAACCAGUGUUGCAGCCACUAAUAAAAGAGUAUAUAUUGGUACUUCAUUUGGUUACCUAAGAACGUUUAAUAUUUUCGGUGUUCCUUUAGCCGUCGAAAAAGUCACACCAAUAGUUUCUUUAGUAGCUAAUGAAUUUAGAAUAUUUAUUGUUCAUUACUCACCUUUUAAUGGAGUCUCGUACUCGCUGUACGAACAAGGGCCACAAUCGUCAAAAUACUUCCAAAGAGAAAGUCCCUUACCUAUAUUUGUGCCUCAAUCUGGAUUAGGCUCAAGUGGAAGAAGCAAUGAUUUGUUUACUUCAUUUAAUCCAUUAGGUAUAAAAUCUAUGUUCUUCAAUAUAUAUGGUGAUCCUUGCAUUUUUGGCUCAGAUAAUUUACUGAUGGUUUUAUCUAAAUGGAGAUCAACAAUGGAGGCUAGAUGGGUACCGUUGCUAGAUGCAAAUAUAGAAAUAUGGAAGAUGUCAGGAGGUAAAGAGACAUCGGAUGUUAGUGUCUGGCCUCUGGGUUUAACGUAUGAUGUUUUAAAUUGUAUAUUAGUUAAAGGUAAAAACUUUUGGCCAGGUUUCCCAUUACCUCUACCCUCGGAACUAGGUGUCAGAGUUCCAAUAUUAGUUAAGAGUAAAGUAUUACAAGAAACCAAAAACAAGAAAAAACUUCAAUCUGAAGCAGAGGUAGCAAUGUCUGACGAUGAAACCAAAGAAACUAAUGAAGAAUUAGAAAUUCCUGUGAAUAUGGCAGCCGAAGAAGAAUAUAUUCGUUCAAAAGUGUUAUCAUCGUUAUUAUCAGAUACAUUAGAGAAUGAUGGUGAACUAUACGGUAACGAAAACGAAGUUCUCACUAGUCUUGUUGGUACUCAAGACAAAUCUUUAUUGAGAUUAUUUGCCGAUGCAUGUUCAGAACAAAACUCGGAUAAAGCAAUGUCGAUUGUAUUUGAAUUAAAACAAGACAGAGCAUUGAAUGCGGCUGUUAAGAUUUCAGAAAGAGCAGAGAUGUUGGGGUUGGUAAGAAGAAUCAAUGCCAUUAGGGAAGCUAAAUUUGAAGAACAAAUGAACAGCAUUGAAUAA